AUGCGCCCAUGGGAACCACCGUGUCUGACAAAUACCACUGUCCCCAUCCUGUCCAAGAAGUCCACCAGGACCCGUCAAUUCCGUUUGAGGUUCAACUACACAAAAUCAGAACCAGUUGUGACUGUGCCGUUCAGUGCAGCCUUUAAUGCAGAUCGAAAGGGUGAGGGUGUCGGUGAGGGUGUCGAUGAUGGUGAGGGUGAGGCUGCAGAUAAGGGUGAGGGUUACGAUGACAGUGAGGAUAUAGCUGAGGAGAGCAGAGAUGUCGCUGAGAGUGGAGGGGUCUCUUAUAGUAGAGGGGUUGCUGAGAGUGGAGGGGUCUCUUAUAGUAGAGGGGUUGCUGAGAGUGAAGGAAUAGCUGAGAGUGGAGUAGUCGCUGAGAGAGUAGGGGUUGCUGAGAGUGGAGGAGUUGCUGAGAGUGGAGGCGUUGCAGAGAGUAGAGGGGUUGCAGAGAGUGGAGGGGUUGCUGAGAGUGGAGGGGUUGCAGAGAGUGGAGGGGUUGCUGAGAGCGGAGGGGUUGCUGAGAGUGGAGGCGUUGCUGAGAGUGGAGGCGUUGCAGAGAGUAGAGGGGUUGCUGAGAGUGGAGGUGUCGCUGAGAGUGGAGAGGUUGCAGAGAAUGGAGGGGUUGCUGAGAGUGGAGGUGUCGCUGAGAGUGGAGAGGUUGCAGAGAAUGGAGGAGUUGCUGAGAGUGGAGGGGUUGCAGAGAGUAGAGAGGUUGCUGAGAGUGGAGGUGUAGCUGAGAGUAGAGAGGUUGCAGAGAAUGGAGGAGUUGCUGAGAGUGGAGGCGUUGCAGAGAGUAGAGGGGUUGCUGAGAGUGGAGGUGUCGCUGAGAGUGGAGAGGUUGCAGAGAGUGGAGGGGUAGUUGAGAGUGGAGGGGUAGCUGAGAGUGGAGGAGUUGCUGAGAGUGGAGGCGUUGCAGAGAGUAGAGGGGUUGCUGAGAGUGGAGGUGUCGCUGAGAGUGGAGGCGUUGCUGAGAGAGGAGGCGCUGCAGAGAGUAGAGGGGUUGCUGAGAGUGGAGGUGUCGCUGAGAGUGGAGAGGUUGCAGAGAAUGGAGGAGUUGCUGAGAGUGGAGGGGUUGCAGAGAGUAGAGAGGUUGCUGAGAGUGGAGGUGUAGCUGAGAGUGGAGAGGUUGCAGAGAAUGGAGGAGUUGCUGAGAGUGGAGGAGUUGCAGAGAGUAGAGGGGUUGCUGAGAGUGGAGGUGUCGCUGAGAGUGGAGAGGUUGCAGAGAGUGGAGGGGUAGCUGAGAGUGGAGGGGUUGCUGAGAGUGGAGGAGUUGCUGAGAGUGGAGGGGUAGCUGAGAGAGGAGGGGUUGCUGAGAGUGGAGGAGUUGCUGAGAGUGGAGGUGUCGCUGAGAGCGGAGAGGUUGCAGAGAGUGGAGGGGUUGCUGAGAGUGGAGGGGUAGCUGAGAAUGAGGAUGAGGGUAUAGAUGAGGGUGAGGGUAUAGAUGAGGGUGAGGGUAUAGAUGAAUGUGAGGGUAUAGAUGACGAUGAAGGUAUAGAUGAAGGUGAGGGUAUAGAUGAGGGUGAGGGUAUAGACGAGGGUGAGGGUAUAGAUGAAGGUGAGGGUAUAGAUGAGGGUGAUGGUAUAGAUGAAGGUGAGGGUAUAGAUGAGGGUGAUUGUAUAGAUGAAGGUGAGGGUAUAGAUGAGGGUGAGGGUAUAGAUGAGGGUGAUUGUAUAGAUAUAGGUGGGGGUAUAGAUGAGGGUGAGGGUAUAGAUGAAGGUGAAGGUAUAGAUGAAGGUGAGGGUAUAGAUGAGGGUGAGGGUAUAGAUGAGGGUGAUGGUAUAGAUGAAGGUGAGGGUAUAGAUGAGGGUGAUUGUAUAGAUGAAGGUGAGGGUAUAGAUGAGGGUGAGGGUAUAGAUGAAGGUGAGGGUAUAGAUGAGGGUGAUGGUAAAGAUGAAGGUGGGGGUAUAGAUGAGGGUGAGGGUAUAGAUGAGGGUGAGGGUAUAGAUGAGGGUGAGGGUAUAGAUGAGGGUGAGGGUAUAGAUGAGGGUGAUGGUAUAGAUGAAGGUGAGGGUAUAGAUGAGGGUGAUGGUAUAGAUGAAGGUGAGGGUAUAGAUGAGGGUGAUGGUAAGAUGAAGGUUGGUGAAGAAUGCUACUGUGGUAAUGUCAUCAAAGAUGGGUACGGCAAGAAACCUGACUGUGAAUGCCACCUGCCAUGUACUGGUGACAAAUCUAAAUUCACGAUGUGUGGAGGACACUGGAGGAUAUCCAUCUAUAAGAAAGAUUAG